AUGACUGAAUCGAAAACCAUCCCCAUUCCAGGCCCCAAGGGGGUUCCCCUCUUGGGGAAUAUCUAUGAUAUCGAACAGGAAGUCCCUCUGAGGAGCAUCAACAUGAUGGCAGAUCAUUAUGGCGAAAUCUAUCGGUUGACCACAUUUGGCCGCUCCAGAGUGUUUCUGAACACCCAUGAACUCGUCAACGAGGCUUGUGACGAAGAGAGAUUCAGCAAGGUCGUUACAGCGGGCUUGAACGAGAUCCGGAAUGGGAUCCACGAUGGCCUGUUUACCGCUCACUUUCCUGGCGAGGAAAACUGGGCCAUUGCCCACCGCGUGCUUGUCCCAGCCUUUGGACCGUUGUCUAUUCGGGGAAUGUAUGAUGAUAUGUACGAUAUUGCGACGCAGCUUGUCAUGAAGUGGGCGCGCCAGGGGCCCCAUGUCCCGAUUAUGGUCACCGAUGACUUCACCCGGUUGACUCUAGACACAAUCGCACUUUGUGCUAUGGGGACACGCUUCAACUCCUUCUACCACGAAGAAAUGCACCCGUUCGUCGAGGCAAUGGUUGGUUUGCUGCAAGGGUCCGGUGACAGGGCCCGCCGGCCGGCCCUCCUUAACAACCUGCCCACAAGUGAGAAUGCCAAGUACUGGAGCGAUAUCGAAUUCUUGCGGAAACUGGCCCAAGAAUUGGUUGACAAUCGGAGACAGAACCCGGAGGAUAAGAAGGAUCUGCUAAACUCAUUGAUCCUGGGUCGCGAUCCCAAAUCCGGUCAAGGUCUCAGUGAUAGUUCGAUCAUCGACAACAUGAUCACCUUUUUGAUUGCGGGCCACGAAACAACCUCUGGACUGCUCUCUUUCCUCUUCUACUACCUGCUGAAGAACCCCCGCGCAUACCAGAAAGCACAGGAAGAGGUGGACGCUGUCAUUGGGCGGCGGAAGAUUACGGUCGAAGACCUAUCGAAACUGCCAUACAUCAACGCUGUGAUGCGGGAAACGCUGCGGCUAAGGUCCACGGCUCCCUUGAUUGCUCUUCAUGCGCACCCAGAGAAGAACAAGGAAGACCCAGUCACCCUGGGAAAUGGCAAGUACGUGUUGAAUAAGGAUGAGGCCAUCGUGAUCGUGCUCGAUAAGUUGCACCGGGACCCUAAGGUCUAUGGCCCUGAUGCGGAGGAAUUCAGACCGGAGCGCAUGCUUGACGAGGAAUUCGACAAGCUCCCCAAGAACGCGUGGAAGCCGUUUGGUAACGGUAUGCGCGCCUGUAUUGGCCGCCCAUUUGCCUGGCAGGAAGCGUUGCUUGUGGUAGCAAUCCUGCUGCAAAACUUCAAUUUCCAGAUGGAUGAUCCCAGCUACGACCUCCAUAUCAAGCAAACGCUCACAAUUAAGCCGAAGGAUUUCCACAUGAGGGCCGCACUGCGCCAUGGCCUCGAUGCGACCCAGCUCGGUAUCAUGUUGAGUGGUAGUGUUGAUAGCGUGCCACCUGAGAGCGCCGGAGCGGCGAGCCGCUCCCGCAAACCGCAGGCUGCUGCUCCUCCUUCUGGUCAGCUGAAACCAAUGCAUAUUUUCUUUGGCAGCAAUACGGGAACAUGUGAGACGUUUGCCAGAAGAUUGGCCGACGAUGCUGUGGGAUAUGGGUUUGCUGCUGAAGUCCAGUCACUGGAUUCGGCCAAGGAGAAUAUCCCCAAGGAGGAUCCAGUGGUGUUCAUCACGGCAUCUUACGAGGGCCAGCCACCAGACAAUGCUGCUCACUUCUUUGAGUGGCUCAGCGGCCUGAAGGGGAAGGAGCUGGAGGGAAUCAACUACGCUGUUUUUGGCUGUGGUCAUCAUGACUGGCACGCAACCUUCCACCGCAUUCCCAAGGCUGUCAACGAACUCGUUGGCGAGCGGGGUGGAAACCGUUUGUGCGAUCUGGGGCUGGCUGAUGCUGCCCAUUCGGACAUGUUCACCGACUUUGACAGCUGGGGCGAGUCCGCAUUCUGGCCUGCAAUCACAUCAAAAUUCGGAGGGGGAAAAUCAGAGACAGGCACUAAGGCGACGUCCAAUCUACAGGUGGAGAUCAGCUCAGGCAUGAGAGCAUCGACCUUGGGUCUUCAGCUGCAGGAAGGGUUCGUAAUUGAGAACCAGCUGCUCUCCCAGCCUGGCGUGCCGGCCAAGAGAAUGGUCAAGUUCAAACUCCCGUCGGACAUGACCUACCAGUGCGGCGAUUACCUUGCGGUGCUCCCAGUCAACCCGAGCAGUGUCGUUCGCCGUGCCAUCCGGCGCUUUGAUCUCCCCUGGGACGCCAUGCUGACGAUCCGUAAAUCGUCGCAGGCUUCCAAGGGAUCCACCUCCAUUCCGCUGGACACACCUGUGUCCGCUUUUGAUCUCCUGUCCACUUAUGUUGAGCUCUCGCAGCCUGCAUCCAAGCGAGACUUGAAUGUGCUGGCCGAUGCAGCCGCAGCGGAUGCCGAUGUGCAAGCCGAACUUCGCUAUCUUGCGUCCAGCCCCAGUCGAUUCACCGAGGAGAUUGUCAAGAAGCGGUUGAGCCCGUUGGAUAUCUUGAUCCGCUAUCCGUCAAUCAAGCUUCCUGUCGGCGACUUCCUGGCGAUGCUCCCGCCCAUGCGCGUGCGCCAGUACUCCAUCUCCUCCUCUCCCCUGGCAGAUCCCUCUGAAUGCUGCAUUACAUUUUCCGUGCUCAAUGCUCCGUCUCUGGCGGCGGCAUCGUUACCUCCACAGGAACAGGAGGAAGCCGAACAGUACUUGGGGGUUGCGUCCACGUACCUGUCGGAGCUGAAGCCCGGCGACCGCGCUCAUAUCAGCGUCCGGCCAUCGCACUCGGGCUUCAAGCCGCCCAUGGACUUGAAGACGCCGAUGAUCAUGGCGUGUGCAGGUAGUGGACUCGCGCCAUUCCGUGGGUUCGUCAUGGACCGCGCCGAAAAGAUUCGGGGCCGGCACAGCUCGAUUGGCUCGGAUAAAGAGAUUCCUGAGACGGCGAAGCCAGCCAAAGCUAUCCUGUAUGUUGGCUGCCGUACAAAGGGCAAGGAUGACAUCCAUGCCGCCGAGUUCGCCGAAUGGGCGCAGCUGGGAGCCGUGGAGGUGCGGUGGGCAUAUAGUCGGCCUGAGGAUGGCUCCAAGGGCCGUCACGUCCAGGACUUGAUGCUGGAGGAUCGUGCGGAGCUGGUUGAUUUGUUCGACCAGGGUGCUCGGAUUUAUGUUUGUGGUAGCACAGGGGUCGGCAACGGAGUGCGGCAGGCGUGCAAGGAGAUGUAUCUCGAGCGACGACGCCAGGUGCGUCAAGAGAAACGGGAACGGGGCGAGGAUGUUGCCGAGGACGAUGAGGAUGCGGCGGCCGAGCAGUUCUUGGAUAAUCUGAAGACGAAGGAGAGAUAUGCGACGGACGUAUUUACUUAG